AUGACAACCUCAAAGCCAUCGUACCUCAUCGUUGGAGCUGGCGUUUUCGGAGUUUCCACCGCCUACCACCUGAUCAAGAAGUAUCCUGAUCGCCAAGUCACAAUCCUCGAUCAGGAUGCUUACGACGCAGACAACCGCGUGGCCGCCUCUUGGGACUGGAACAAGGUCGUGCGCGCUGACUAUGACGACAUUGUGUACACUGAGCUCGCACUCGAAGCACAGGAUGUUUUCAAAUCGGACCCUCUCUGGAAACCCUACUUUCAUGAGACCGGUAUUUUUUGGGUGUGCCGUUCAGACUACGCCCAAGAUGUCAUCAACAACUACAAGAAGCUCGGUCGUGCAGCAGAUUUAAAGGCUGUGUCGGUUGAGGAGGCGAAGAAGCUGUUCGGCGGGCUCUUCGAGGAUGCAAACUACGAUGGCGCGAAAGAAGUACUUGUCAACAAGACGAGUGGGUGGUCAGAAGCUGGCAAUGCGCUUAGAGCGGUGACCAAAUGGUCUAUCGAUAAAGGCGUCAAGCAUGUUGUCGGCAAGGCCGAGAGUUUGGAAAUCGACAACAGCGGCCGCUGCACAGGUGUAAAGACUGAAGACGGCAAGACAGUAUCAGCAACCAAUGUCAUCUUGUCGACCGGAGCCUAUACCGCCAAGUUACUGGAGCAGGCAGCAAAGAGGAGUGGAAACAACAACCUGAGUGCUGGCCACAGGAUUGUCGCUGGCGGUAUCACCACCGGCAUGACUACUCUUGACGAGGAAUCAUACAAGCGUUUCAAGCACAUGCCUGUUGGUGUUCAAGGAUACAACGCUCAGACCGGGCCUUUCAUCGGCAGUUUGCCCCCUACCAAGGACCGCGAACUGAAGUGGUGGGGAGAGAAGAUUUUCAAGAAUACGCAUGAAGUUCUUCCCGGACGCUUCGUCUCUGCGCCACCGUCUGGACCGGACUACGACCAAUGGAACGUACCAGGGCCGCUGAAGUUGGAUAUCGACCACGCAAACGAUGUCUUCUACGGGAAGAAUGGCGCAAACUGGAAGAUGGACAAGCACCGUAUCUGCUGGGAUGCGUUCACAACAAGUUCUGACUUCAUCAUCUCACCACACGCAGCAGCGAAGGGUCUGUACAUUGCAACAUGCGGCUCAUUCCACGGCUACAAGUUCUUCCCCGUGCUGGGCAAGUAUGUUGUGCAGAUGCUAGAAGACGGACUGAGGCCAGAUUUAAAGGAGAAGUGGGCGUGGGAUCGCGAGAGGCCCUCUCCCUCUCUAAACCCCGACUGGCCGAGGUUUGAGAUGAACGACCUGUUGGACCAGUGGCCGAAGGCGAAGUUGUGA